AUGAAGCGUUCCCCCUCCUCGCUGGAACUGGCCUGGCCACCGGGGCUCCAGCACGUGGUCUUCCGCGAACUGGGAUGGCACUGUGGUCGCGACUCGGGUCGUAACAUCCGGGUCGCGCGGACGAACCUCGCAAAAGCUUGCCAGGCGGAUCCCGAGGCCGGCGACUGUCACUUGCGGCGAGCCGUCACCGAGUUGGGAGAUUUGAAUGUGGAAGCGGCGUUGGAGAACUGUCGGAACGGGUUGGCCGUUGACGGAUUUGAGGAAGAUUUUGGCGGUGUGGAGUUGGAGGGAAGGAUUCUGUUCGAGAGGGGUGACUUCGAGGAGCAUGCCAGAGUGACGUUUAAUAGGAUGGAAUUGCUGGUGGGGCAUCGGAGGAAGCAGCUGGAGGCGGAGUGGCAGAUUGCGGUCAACAAUUACGAGAAUAUUCUGGGGAGGAAAGCAGGCGGUUGCUUGUACGAACUACGAGGGAAUAUCGCGAGAAUUUGUAACCGUCAAGCAGGUGAUCACAAGAAAGAUCAUCAGGAGUGCGAUGUGGUCAGUCUGCAGGAAGAGGAGCAUGUCGAAGCUCACAUCCGUAAGGAGAAGAAGCUUCAGAAGGAUACGCGAAUGCUUGGUCAACUAUAUCUGGGUAAAACGUGGAAAGAUCUUGAGUUUCUCCAAUCUCUACGAGGAAACGGGCAUCACGGUAACGUCGUAAGACUUUCGGGAGCAAAAGAGAGUUCCGAAUCGAUGUCAAAUACCAUAGAGGAAUGCUAUCAGAAGGUAUCCCACAGUCUACACCAGCUUCAAUCCAGAACUCCAGUGUACACACUUCGAAACAAGCGCUUCGGAAGUAAACAAUCCGCCGAUUCGUACACGCAGGAAAACCUUUUCAAGUGGCGCUACAAGACGUACCGAGAUGUCUACAACCAGCUCGAUCGCAUGCACGAACUUCGAGAGCAACGAAAUCUCCCGGAACUACUGAAAUUCGCCGAAGAUACUCUGUGGAACUAUUACCAGAUCAAAACGAAACGCGUCUUUCCGGACCAGUUCAAGUUCACCGCGGAAGUGUGCAACCUGGUCGGUUUGGCAGUGCUCGAUCAGCUCGAAGUUCCACUAAACCUCAUGGAUGACCCCCUUGAAGAUCGUCUCCGUCACCUGUUCCACCUUCCACCGCUUCGCGAAACCGCCCUAGUAGUCCCACUCUUCGGUGACAAAUCAACGUUCCGCGAUCCGGCCGCCCCCGACAAGCAGUACCUCAGCUACCGGAACCGUCGCCUCAAGCUGGAACACCGACUCCACCACAGCAAGUACCCGAUCGAGCGAGCCCUUCUCUAUCACGCCCUGGCCCAAACGCACCUCGACGGUGAGCAGCUGGACACGGCCCGGAUCAUGGCGGGCAGCGUUAUGCGAGCGGCGCAGGAAGCCGGAAGUAACCUGUGGUUUGCGCUCGGAACGCUGCAGCUGGUGGCCGCCGAUUGUCUCCAGCGGAACGUGGAAAAGCUGGCCCGAUCGCUGACCAGUGCUGCCGGGGCGGCGAGUGCGCUAAAGUGUCACCGGCUGCGGCAGGUGAUUCAUGUGGCAAGGAUUAUAAACGAUGAACUGAUCAGUAAAAAGAAAAAGAAACGAGAUUCUCAGGAGAGUCAACUUAUAUAGAUCGGUACAGUGUUUAUUAUAUUUUAUAACAAGUUUAAAAGGAUGCUUCAUAAAACACAAUACUGCAACGUAACUACACAGUGGACUCUCAUUAUGUCGAUAUUGAAGGGACCGUCAAAAGCGGGAGGUAUCAAAUUAUAGAACAGAAGGAGCAAUAUUGUAAUCGUAAAGCUCGACAGCCAGAAAGUCAACUGUAUUUAAAUUCUUCUCAAUUGAUUUUAAAACUCAAUUUUGGAUUUGUGCAAUUCUCUGGGGCUUCGGUAAACAUUGGAUAUUCGUAUUAUUUUCCCGAGCAGACGGAGAUAACUUUGGAAUAUUUUUUUUUGAUACAGUCGACUCUCUGG